UAGCCUACAUUAUUUACAAAUCCAUAAAAUCAUCCCGACAAUUUGCGGAAUGUGUAAGGGGAAGUAAGAGAGAAGUGAAAUUUAAGUGAUAAGGGAGACAAGAAAUGAAUAGUUUCGCUCGCAAUCAUCUACUCUACUGUGAUUCUAUCUAGAUAGUCUUGGCUAAACCACGUCCACAUCCAACGUCAACAGUUGAACAAAGAUGUCUCAAAACAGUGAUGGUUCCAAUUCGAACGAAUCGUACGACGAUAAUGAGUCAAGACUAGCUAUUGCUCAUUAUAAAACUACUAGAUCUAGAUCGAAAUCUAGUGUUGCUGUUGGCAGUGUUGGGUAUUCAACAUCAAGUUCAACAACUACUAGGUCUAGGUCUAGAUCUAAAUCAGUUUCUAACUCUAACAAUGAGGACGAAAGUUCGCAGAGCUCUUCAUCUGGGAAAAAGAUUAACAAAUACAUUUUGCGAAAGGCAUCUGAUGCUGAUUUUAAGUACAUAUGUGAGUGGAAUGGCUGCCAGCAGAUUACCAACAGCAUGAAUGAAUUUAAUCACCAUGUUACUAAACAUCUGUUGAGCUACAAACAACAGCUUGAUUUAAAUAUUCAUCAAGGAAGUUACCACUUCGACUGUCAGUGGCAAGAAUGCAAUGCCGUCUUUGAAGGUCAGAUAGAAGACAUAUGCAGGCAUGUCUUCUACCACACUUUUCACCAGUAUCUCAAAUUUCUAGGCCGUCACAUCCAGCAGACAGAGAAUCUGAAAAGCUGCGCUCUAGACACACACUCAAGAAAUGUAAUCCCAGAGCUACCUGAGAGGCUGAUGUGCCGCUGGCAAGACUGUGGGUUGAUCUAUGACAACCCCUACAUCUUUUAUUCACAUGUCUGUCAUCACUGUGAGGACUACAAUAAAGAAAUGGAUUCGUUUGCCUGCAGAUGGGAAGGCUGUGACGUAUCAAAAAGAUUUUGGUACAAGAUGAAGGAACAUAUCAGGUCUCACACCCAGGCCAAGGUCGUGGCAUGCCCCACUUGUGGUAGUCUGUUUGCCAACAACACAAGGUACAUAGACCAUCUUCUACGCCAAGGUCAUGUGACAGAACAAAAGUUUGAGUGUUCACAUUGCGGAAACAGAUUUGGUUCUGAGAGAAUACUACGUGACCACAUGAGACACCAUGUAAACCACUACAAGUGUCCAAUGUGCAACAUGACCUGUCAUUCCCCAUCAGCAGUCAGGGAGCAUGUCAGAUACAGGCACACAGAAGAGAGGAGUUAUCACUGUGAUAAGUGUGAACAUAGAGCUAAAACCCAAACAGAUUUGCGCCGCCAUAUGCUAGUCCAUCAAGAAGAGAGGAGGCUUUCCUGUCGUAGAGGUUGUCACAUGGUCUUCAACACUUCAGAUGAACUGCGAAGGCAUCAUGCAACCCACGGGAUUAAAAAACAAGAGUUUGGGUGCCAUAUCUGUGCUGAGCGCUUCACUCGGGCCAACACUCUGACCAAACAUCUCAUGGAAAUGCACAACUACUCCUGGCCAUCUGGACAUAGAAAAUUUAAGUAUGUUCGUCAUGAUGAUGGAAUAAAACGGCUUCAAACUAUUCGCUAUGAGAGCAUUGAGGUCAGCAAAAUGGUAGUCAACCAAGUCUUAGCCUCUCAGCAGGGAAACACUUCUUCUGGGGCUCUUUGCACAGUCAGCCCCUUGACAUCUGCUCCCAAGGCUGAUAAUGGCCCUGUGGCUACACCCAGUUAUCAGGUUCAAGGUUCAGGUGUAGGUCCCCAUAUUGGCACACUUUUGAAGGUCCCCCAGGAUUGUAACCUGCAUGGCACUAGAAAGCGUAACACCCAGACGCGCAGAGCUAAUACUGGGGCAACCACUUCUUCAUCAGACAGUCCCUAUAAGCAAAAGGGGAGAAAAAUGGCUCAACUAAAAGCUACAUUUAAGAGAAAAAGGUCAACUAAAAAGGCAACGGCCAGUGAAUCAAUAGGCGAGCAAAACACAUCUUUGGAAGAUGAAAAUAAUGAGCUCAAACCAAAAAGAAGAAAACGAGACAAAAAGAGCAGGUCUGUAACAGAAGUGACCAGUGGAUUAAACAAGAGGAGCAACAAUCGUGUUACCGCAUCUACUGAGGAAAACUCUACCUUUACUGCAAUAAGAGUUCAAGCAACGGGCUCAAGGCAGGCUGAGUUCAAGCCUGCGCUAGGUCAUAUCUGGUCAGAGACUCUAAGAAAUGGGACUGACCAGAGCAGUAAAUUUCAAGUUGAUUCAAUAUCUUCUGAGGGUGCUGUUGAAGGCAUUGACACUUUGGGCACCAGGAUUGUGCUGCCUGCAGACUUCCACAAGGCUGCUGAUAUUCUUCAUUCAGAAAUACAAAACAAAAACAGUUGCUCUUCAUCUUUGCCUCCUAUCAGGCUGGCUCAAAGUGGUGGCUGCUCUGUUGUAGUCAACGAUCAGGUCUCGGGUCAUAUAGUUAAGGCAGAGCCGGAAGAAAUCUGGUCAGGGGUUGUCAAACAGGUGCUGGCCAAAAACAACCAGUUUGUGACAUCAGCUUCUCCCCGAACUGUAACUGUUGACCACUCUGGUACAACUGUAGUCCUUCCUCCUGACUUUUACCACUCUGGAGACACAUCCCAAUCAGAAACCCAAAACUGGUCAGUUACUAUUCGCUCUGCAAGGGACAAAACUACUGCCUUUUCUGGAAAUUCUCUACAGUCGGAUUGGUAUUCCAGCUCACAGUCCAGCCCUGUCAAACAAGAGCACAUGACCUUGACCUCAGCAGCACAGUCAAGCCUGAUGACCCAGAUCAAGCCAGAUGCCAGACUGUAUGAUAAGACAAGAUCAGAAUUGGCUGCAAACAUCUCCAUGAAUCUCCUCAAAGAUCCUACAAGCUACAGCUGGGCGUCCACCAAUGACUUGAAAGGGGGAGAACUCUAUAAUCUUGAGAUGUUAGGGGAGGUAGCUCUCAGUGCCCAGGGGCUAGCCACAGGGAAGUAACUCACAUUCAUUUGACUGUGCUGCAUAUGAAGGAACUCAACUUCAUCUUUCAUAAACUUUAGAAUCUUUUGAUCACUUUAAUUUUCAUAGUUUUGUACAUUUGAUCAAUUUACGUUGUGUAUUUUUUUGAUACAUUUAUUUUGUUUACAAGUUGAUUGCUGAAAUCAAUUCUAUUUUCGUACAAAAUAUUUUUACUUUGGUAUUAUAAUUUGAUACAGAUAUUUGUCAAUUUAUUACUUUGUAUGGACAGACUAGACUUUAUUAAUAGAUGGGCUAGCACUGUAGUAUCCAGACAGAAUAGUUGUAUUAAUAGAUGGGAUAGAACUGUGGUAUCCAGACAGAAUAGUUGUAUUAAUAGAUGGGCUAGAACUGUAGUAUCCAGACAGAAUAGUUGUAUUAAUAGAUUGGAUAAAACUUUAGUAUCUAGACAGAAUAGUUGUAUUAAUAAAUGGGAUAGAACUGUGGUAUUUAGACAGAAUAGUUGUAUUAAUAGAUGGGAUAGAACUGGACAGAGUAGUUUUAGAAUAGAUUUGUGGUAUGUGCCAUAAUAUAUCAGCUGGUCUUGUGUAUCAACACAAGGUGGCAGUUCAACAAUCCCAUUUGUAUGUACUCGUUGUUCAACUUUUUCUAACUCAUCCAGACAUCCAGAUCUGAUACUGACAGAUAGUUAACUAUAAUUGUUAUUUUGCAUAAAAUAUUUGUGAAAAGGUUUGAAAUUAGUCUUGAAAAGAUAGACACAUUCCAAAGCCUGGAAACAAGAAAAACAUUUUUUUUUCUGUUCCUAUGGUAAAUAAACAUCAUCUAGUGCUGGGUUUAAAUAUUUCGUUUUGUGCAGGGUUUAAAUAAACCUUAUGUAGUGAAAGGGUUUUGAUGCUUCUUCUUUGAUGACUCUCACUUAUGAGUUGGCUCCAAAUAGCUAGUCCAACAAGCCCUCAUGUACAGGUUAUUAUUAAUUUUUACACUGAUCUUUUUUUUUUUUUACAAACAAAAUAAAUUUGAUUUUGUUAUUAAAAAUA